AUGCUUCUUGAGGAUCAGCGAUUCAUCCACGAGGACCUGGAGAGGUUGGAGCAGGCUGUUGCUGAACGAGUGGCCGAAGAGCCGCGAACUGCUCGAGAUUGCCUUACUCGCGAUCAUGUCGUAUCAACAUUCAUAGAUCAAAUCGAGAGACAAUCCAGGGCCCUCUUGGAGAUCUACACAGACGCCGAUGGACAGCGCGAAAGAGAGGUGCAGUCAAUCUCGACGGGCGACCAGUUUGAGGAAUUUUACAAACAGCUAGAUGGAAUCAAGAAUUUCCACAAAAAGUACCCCGGUGGGGGUGUUGAGGACCUCGAACAGGCGUACAGGAGCGACAGAACCCUCAUGGAAAUUGACAACAUGUUCACUGGCGAGGAGCGAUUCGGCCAAUUUCUCGAUUUGACCAGCAUGCACGAAGAUUAUCUGAAUUUGCCCGGAGUGAAGCGCCUUUCCUACAUCCAAUAUCUCGAUGUUUUCGAACAACUUGUGCAGCCAUAUUUGUCACUCAAGCGCAAGGACAAGCUUUCCGACAAAUACUUCCGUUAUGUUGCCGAACUUUCCAGCUACCUGGAAGGUUUCCUCAAGCGCGUGCGGCCACUACAGGAUUUGGAUAAGCUCUUCGCCACCUUCGAUGAGGAAUUCGACAAGCAGUGGUCCGCGAAGGAGGUUCCCGGCUGGACAGAGGAAGCCACCGAAAAUGGCACUUCAGGGCCAAAGACAGAAGGGACCGGCGAAGGUACCUGGUGUCCGGCUUGUGAGAAAGAGUUUAAGAAUGAGAACGUCUAUCGAAACCAUUUGACGGGCAAAAAGCACAUUAAGGCCGCUGAGGCUAAGAAAGCCGCGGGUGAUUCGGGUGAAAGCUCGGCGCCUGUCAAGUCUGGAGUUUCUGCAUUUAGCUUAAAAGAACGCGCCAUUGCUGAGCGCGAGCAUCGUGUGCGGUGCCUCACUAAGGAGCUUCAGUCUGAGCGACAGGCUACCCGGAUCAAUGUGGAGCGCAGACAAGGCAUGACUGAGCGGGAGCGUCAAAUGGAACGAGAGACCUUGUUGGCCGAGCCUGAAAACUAUGGCGACGGCAAUGGCGGAGACCAAUCCGACGACGAUGAGGACGAUCAAAUCUACAACCCCUUGAAGUUGCCGCUAGGUUGGGACGGCAAGCCCAUUCCCUUCUGGCUUUACAAGCUGCAUGGUCUUGGAGUCGAAUACCCGUGCGAGAUUUGCGGAAAUUACGUUUACAAAGGUCGCCGGGAUUUCGAUAAGCAUUUCUCCGGAAGCUUACACAUCCACGGCUUGAAUUGCUUGGGCAUUACAUCCAACACCAACCUCUUCCGAGAGAUCACGAGCAUCGCUGAGGCUAUGGCGCUCUGGGAGAAGCUUGAAGGGGAGCGCAAGAAGGACCGGGAUUCUCGUGACAACGUCGUGCAGAUGGAAGAUGCUGAGGGCAACGUCAUGCCGGAAAGAAUCUACUUGGAUCUUCAAAAGCAGGGCAUUCUUUAG